AUGGCUUCCACGCUCACAGAAAGGCAGAAGGAUGAGCUCCACAAGUCGAUGCUCGACUACCUCCGCACCAAUGGCUAUAACGAGGCAUUCGAUGUGCUCCAGCGCGAGACGGGCCAGGAAGGCUUCGUGCCAGACCCCAAAGCCAAGUACGCUGGGCUGCUCGAGCGCAAGUGGACGAGCGUGAUCCGGUUACAGAAAAAGAUCAUGGACCUGGAGGCGAGGAACGCACAGCUUCAGGAGGAGCUGGCAGCGGCACCGUCGGCAAAGAGGUCAGCCAACCUCACCGACUGGGUGCCACGCGGAGGCUCGGCCCGCCACACGCUCCAGGGGCACCGGUCUCCCGUGACCAAGGUGGCCUUCCACCCGGUCUUCAGCCAGAUCGCCUCGGCCAGCGAGGACACGACCAUCAAGCUCUGGGACUGGGAGACGGGCGAGUUCGAGCGGACCCUCAAGGGGCACACAAAGGCGGUCACCGACGUCGAGUACGACAGCAAGGGCAGCUUUAUCGUCUCGAGCUCCUCGGACCUCACCAUCAAGGUGUGGGACGCCAACAACGACUUCAAGAACACCAAGACCCUCUACGGCCACGACCACAGCGUCUCGUCGGUGCGCUUCCUGCCGGGCGACGACCACAUCAUCUCGGCGAGCCGCGACAAGACGGUCAGGAUCUGGGAAUUUGCGUCGGGCUACUGCUCCCGCACGCUCCACGGCCACGCCGAAUGGGUGAGGUCCGUGGUGCCCUCCGACGACGGUAGGUGGCUCAUCAGCUGCUCCAACGACCAGACCUCGCGACUCUGGGAGCUCUCGUCGGGAGAGACCAAGGUGGAACUGCGCGGCCACGAGCACGUCGUCGAGUGUGCGGUGUUUGCACCCAUCACUGCUUAUCCGGCGAUCCGGGAGCUGGCAGGCAUCAAUGUCUCGCCGAGAGACGAGACGGCGAAAGCGCCUGGCCAGUACAUUGCUACCGGCAGCAGAGACAAGACGAUCAAGCUGUGGGACAGCGCGGGGCAGUGCCUGAAGACGUUGACCGGCCACGACAACUGGAUCCGCGGGCUGGCAUUCGCGCCCAACGGCAAAUACCUCCUCUCGGUGUCGGACGACAAGACGAUGCGCGUGUGGGACCUGCAGAGCGGGCGGUGCACAAAGACGAUUGAUGCCCACACGCACUUCUGCACCUCGAUUGCGUGGGGCCGAGCCAAGGUCGAAGGCGCCUCUGCACCACCGGCGCCCGACGGCACGGCGCCCGCGCUGACCAACGGAGCAGCAGCGGCGGCGGCGUCGGCAUCCAAGGUCCGCACGGUCAAUGUCGUCGCAACCACUUCGGUCGAUCUGACGCUCAAGAUCUGGGCCCCCUGA